UUAUCAUUCAAGUGCUGCCGUUGGAAUAAACUCAAUGCAGAUUUCAGUCUGGGUUAUGGUUUAGUUACCAUGAAUUGGCUUGCUGAUUGAUAUUGUAACGCAUACGGCUACAAUAUUAAUAUUAAUUUGUAUAUAGCUACAGUUUAUAAAAUAACGCGAGCUUUCUAUGUUGAGGGGAAGGGCAGAUUAAAUGCAUCAACAACUGGACUGAGAACAUUAAAUGAAAAAAAAAAUACUCUUCCAACCUGCACAUUCAUCCACUAAAUAUAGCUAACGCGAACCGCUUCGGAGCCGAGCAGUGAUGUGACUGCUGCUGUGUUGACUGUCAUGUAGCUUUAAGGAAACACAUUUGCAGCCAUUUUCUGCUCUUUGUGUUUCGGGGAUUAGCGGAUGAGCAUUCUGCCAGGCAAGAGCAUCACUGAGACAUCACCACUUUAAAACACAGGUCUGAGGCGUAAAUGCGAACCGUUCCGUCAGCAUCGCCAAAAAGGGUCAUGCGAGCAUCAGAUUAAGUGUUGGUCUGCUUCAAACCCGCGAUCAUGACGACCCACGUGACUCUGGAAGAUGCCCUGUCCAAUGUGGACCUGCUGGAGGAGCUCCCCCUCCCUGACCAGCAGCCCUGCAUCGAGCCCCCUCCCUCCUCCAUCAUGUACCAGGCUAACUUUGACACCAACUUUGAAGACAGGAAUGCAUUUGUUACAGGGAUUGCCAGAUACAUUGAACAGGCCACAGUUCAUUCAAGCAUGAAUGAGAUGCUGGAAGAGGGGAAUGAGUAUGCUGUCAUGCUCUAUACAUGGAGAAGCUGCUCCAGAGCUAUUCCUCAGGUCAAGUGUAACGAGCAGCCCAACCGAGUGGAGAUCUACGAGAAGACAGUGGAGGUGCUUGAACCGGAAGUCACCAAGCUGAUGAAAUUCAUGUACUUUCAGCGCAAAGCAAUUGAGCGGUUCUGCAGUGAGGUGAAACGCCUGUGUCACGCAGAAAGGAGGAAAGACUUUGUCUCAGAGGCCUAUCUCCUGACCCUGGGGAAGUUCAUUAACAUGUUCGCUGUGCUGGAUGAACUGAAAAACAUGAAAUGCAGUGUGAAAAAUGACCACUCAGCCUAUAAGAGAGCUGCCCAGUUUUUAAGAAAAAUGGCCGACCCUCAGUCAAUUCAGGAAUCCCAGAACCUCUCCAUGUUUCUGGCCAACCACAACAGAAUAACACAGUGUCUCCACCAGCAGCUUGAAGUCAUCCCUGGUUAUGAGGAGCUGCUGGCGGAUAUUGUAAAUAUUUGUGUGGACUACUAUGAAAACAAGAUGUACCUGACACCCAGCGAGAAACACAUGCUUUUAAAGGUGAUGGGGUUUGGUCUGUACCUGAUGGAUGGCAACGUUAGUAACAUUUACAAACUGGAUGCCAAAAAGAGGAUAAACCUUAGCAAAAUCGACAAGUUCUUUAAGCAGUUGCAGGUAGUCCCUCUGUUUGGAGACAUGCAGAUUGAGUUGUCCAGAUACAUUGAGACCAGUGCCCAUUAUGAAGAGAACAAAUCCAAAUGGACUUGUACUCAGAGCAGCAUCAGCCCCCAGUACAACCUGUGUGAGCAAAUGGUCCAGAUCAGGGAUGACCAUAUCCGAUUCAUCUCCGAACUGGCCCGCUACAGCAACAGCGAGGUGGUGACAGGUUCGGGGCUAGACAGCCAGAAAUCAGAUGAGGAGUACAGAGAGCUCUUUGACUUGGCACUUAGAGGCCUGCAGCUCCUUUCAAAAUGGAGCACCCAUGUUAUGGAAGUGUACUCAUGGAAACUUGUCCAUCCCACUGAUAAAUUCUGCAAUAAGGACUGCCCGGGCACUGCGGAGGAGUAUGAAAGGGCCACCCGUUACAACUACACGAGUGAGGAGAAGUUUGCUCUAGUUGAGGUGAUCGCUAUGAUCAAAGGCCUGCAGGUCCUGAUGGGCAGAAUGGAGAGCGUCUUCAACCAGGCCAUCCGAAACACCAUCUAUGCUGCCCUGCAGGACUUCGCCCAGAUGACUCUCAGAGAGCCCCUGCGCCAGGCUGUGCGAAAGAAGAAGAAUGUGCUCAUUAGUGUUCUUCAGGCGAUUAGGAAAACGAUAUGUGACUGGGAGGGAGCGAGAGAGCCCCCCAACGAUCCCUGUCUGCGGGGGGAGAAGGACCCCAAAGGGGGCUUCGAUAUAAAAGUUCCCCGACGUGCCGUUGGACCUUCUAGCACCCAACUUUACAUGGUGAGAACCAUGUUAGAGUCUCUCAUUGCUGACAAGAGUGGAUCUAAAAAAACUCUACGAAGCAGCCUGGAUGGGCCCAUAGUCCUUGCCAUCGAAGAUUUCCACAAGCAGUCCUUUUUCUUCACUCAUCUGCUUAACUUCAGUGAAGCUCUCCAGCAAUGCUGUGAUCUGUCCCAGCUCUGGUUCCGAGAGUUCUUCUUGGAGCUCACAAUGGGACGAAGAAUUCAGUUCCCUAUUGAGAUGUCGAUGCCCUGGAUUUUAACAGAUCACAUUCUCGAGACCAAGGAACCUUCCAUGAUGGAAUAUGUUCUUUAUCCACUGGACCUUUACAAUGACAGUGGAUACUACGCUCUGACAAAAUUUAAGAAGCAGUUCCUUUACGAUGAAAUUGAAGCAGAGGUGAAUCUUUGUUUUGAUCAAUUUGUCUACAAGUUGGCAGAUCAGAUAUUUGCCUAUUACAAAGCAAUGGCUGGCAGUGUUCUCCUUGAUAAGAGGUUUAGAGCUGAGUGCAAAAACUAUGGAGUUAUUAUCCCAUAUCCUCCAUCCAAUCGCUACGAGACAUUGUUGAAGCAGAGACAUGUUCAGCUUCUAGGAAGGUCAAUUGAUCUGAACAGAUUAAUUACACAGAGAAUAUCAGCUGCUAUGUACAAAUCCCUGGAUCAAGCAAUCAGCCGCUUUGAGAGUGAAGAUCUCACCUCCAUUGUGGAGCUGGAGUGGUUGAUGGAGAUCAAUCGACUGACUCAUCGGCUGCUGUCGAAGCACAUGACUCUGGACAGCUUCGAUGCCAUGUUCAGAGAGGCGAACCACAACGUCUCGGCUCCCUAUGGCCGCAUCACUCUCCACGUGUUCUGGGAACUGAAUUUCGACUUCCUGCCCAACUACUGCUACAACGGUUCCACCAACAGAUUUGUACGGACUGCAAUUCCUUUCACCCAAGAGCCACAAAGAGACAAACCUGCUAAUGUCCAGCCAUACUAUCUUUAUGGCUCAAAGCCCCUGAACAUUGCUUAUUCCCACAUCUACAGUUCCUAUCGGAACUUUGUGGGUCCCCCUCACUUCAAGACUAUUUGCCGCUUACUAGGGUACCAGGGGAUCGCUGUGGUGAUGGAGGAACUCUUGAAGAUUGUCAAAAGUCUGCUGCAGGGCACUAUCCUUCAGUACGUGAAAACCCUGAUAGAAGUAAUGCCAAAAAUCUGUCGUCUGCCGAGGCACGAAUAUGGAUCUCCAGGUAUUCUGGAGUUUUUCCAUCACCAGCUGAAAGACAUAAUAGAAUAUGCAGAGCUGAAGACAGAUGUGUUCCAGAGCCUCAGAGAAGUGGGAAACGCCAUCCUCUUUUGUCUGCUGAUAGAGCAAGCUUUGUCCCAGGAAGAAGUAUGUGAUUUACUUCAUGCAGCACCUUUUCAGAAUAUCCUCCCUAGAGUCUACAUUAAAGAGGGAGAACGUUUGGAAGUGAGGAUGAAGAGGCUAGAAGCGAAGUAUGCACCUCUUCACCUGGUGCCCCUGAUCGAGAGGCUGGGAACCCCACAGCAAAUUGCAAUUGCGAGAGAGGGGGACCUCCUGACCAAAGAGCGCCUGUGCUGCGGUCUGUCCAUGUUCGAGGUGAUCCUGACCCGCAUCCGGAGCUACCUGCAGGACGCCGUGUGGCGGGGUCCCCCUCCCACUAACGGGGUGAUGCACGUGGACGAGUGUGUGGAGUUCCACCGGCUCUGGAGCGCCAUGCAGUUUGUGUACUGCAUUCCCGUGGGGACCAACGAGUUCACAGCGGAGCAGUGCUUCGGGGAUGGGCUGAACUGGGCUGGCUGUUCCAUCAUUGUCCUGCUGGGACAGCAGCGGCGCUUCGAUCUGUUUGACUUCUGCUACCACCUCCUCAAGGUCCAGAGGCAAGAUGGCAAGGAUGAAAUAAUCAAAAAUGUGCCCUUGAAGAAGAUGGCUGACCGCAUCAGAAAGUAUCAGAUUUUGAACAAUGAGAUCUUCGCAAUCUUGAACAAGUACAUGAAGGCCGUGGAGACGGACAGUUCUACAGUUGAACACGUGCGCUGUUUCCAGCCUCCUAUACACCAGUCCCUGGCCACCACUUGUUGAAAAUGGCCCACUGCCCAGGAAGCCUUUAAUAUAGCAAACCAUUCACUUGGUCUUCGGCAAAUUGGUAUUAAAGAUUAACGUACCCCAUAAAUGCUGUUAAAGCCUUUUUGCCUUGAAUGCUGUGGUGAAAACUGUCAACCGAUCUUCGCAUGCUCUCAUUUUGGUAGUUUUAACUGAUGCAAGGGAGUCGCUGGCUGUGGACCUUCAGCCCCUGCACGCAAUUUUCACAGGGUGGUCAACCAUACUGGAGGAAAGCUGAGUGUGAGCUGGUAAAUAUGACACCAAUAAUCUAAGCCCUUGAUGCGUUUAGCUGUAUGGUGAUAAAAGUAUUAUGAUUUUAACCUCACGUUCAAGUACGUAAUCUUCACAGGCAAAGUUCCAGGAGAAAAGGUUUUGGUUUCAGGUUCCUUUGAGACACUGGAUGUCAUUCAGUCUUCAGUUGCUUUAGUCUUGUCUCCAAACUGAACAGACCUUGGGAAAUAAUGAUGCAGCUUUGGGGUUACUUAACUAGCUUUACAAAUCUGUGGUAUAUAUCUCUUUCAGAUAGUGAAAUGAUGACUUCAUUUAAAAACUGGGUUUGUCAAAAUCAGCCUACAGAGAAUUUGUGUUCCUUGCAGGUAGAAUAGUAGAAUGCACAUAAAUGCGGAGACUUUAAAGGACAGAGACAAAUCUAUGUAACUUGAGAAGCCCGAGUAUCAGUUUGGCCUUUGUAGUAAUACUGAUGAUAUUACUAAUAAUAUGGUGACAAGGCUUUUAAAGGAAAUCUGUGUGCUUGGGGGAUAAAAUGAGCGCAAUUAGACAGAAUAAAGUGUGUUAUGUUAAUAAAGCAUAAUAUGGCCUACAGUUUGCAUUCCAAAAAGGCCAAGUGAUGACUACGUAAAUCUUCCUGCCCCUUCACAGUGACUUUCUUUUUACUUUUCUUUUGCUUUUUAAAGAGUGAGACGUUUAUUUUGACCAAUUCAUGUAUGUGCUCUGAUGUUUAAAGAAUUCCUUAAUGUAAAUAGUUCUCAGAAUGACACAUUUUAGGAUCACUUAAUGGUGUGCAUGCCUCCUUUAAUAUGAAUUUGUAACAUGUGUAGGAAACUAACAGCCCCACCUUUGAAGUCUGUACAUUCUCUUUUUUUAUUUUUUAGACGUGCUAAUUGUUCAUUCAUGAGUAACAGAGUUUUACAGUGACAGGCCACCAUAAAAUAGUUUCACUACCUUGGAAGUUGUAUAUUCGUACAUUCCUGGUUAUGUCAUGCUGAACCUCACCUCAUUAUGCAUGUUUGCUUAAUCUCUUUACUCUGGCAAAAACUUCUGCUUUACCAACCACAACACACCCCUUUUUGUAUGGGAGCCACUGGCUAUGAAAGUCCUGCAGACUUGCCUUCUUACCACUGUGAAGAGUUGAAGGCAGCACUCCUCUGAAAAAACUAAUUUGACGUGUAAGAUUUUACUUGUAAAUAUUCUUGCUUUUGUCUUACCCAUUCAAUUAGGCUCAUUCUGGUUGGAGUCAAGAGAUAAGAAAAAUGGACAGCACCCACACGGCUUUUCAGAGCUUUUAUUUUUUCUUUUUUCUUGAAAGCAAAAGGAAGAGCAUUCCCUUGAAAUAGCAGCCUUUCGUGUUCCCAUUUUUGUGUUCGCAAAAUACCAUUUUGAGUUCCUGGGUGGUAUAAAAUUCAGCCAAAGAUUUAUGAGUCAACUAAGAAGGAAUUAAAAUGUUCCCGAGUGUAGGGUGUGUGUGGCAAUGAGGGACAGUGACAACAGAUUGCAGAAUCCUGUGUGUUUCUUGAUGUUUUAUUAAAAUGAAAGAACAUACCAGUGUGAAACUAUAUUAUGUCAGGGCCCUGCCUUUAUCUCUUUAUGCUCAUGCAGUUUAGUCUCCAAACUUUCUCUGUGUUAACACAUCUGUUUAACAGAUAUAGAAGAGGGAGUCUAAUUGGGAGAUAAAAUAGGUCAAAAUGUGUUGUUUUCUUCAUAUAUUAAUGCACUUCCUUGAUCUCCAUCUCUGCAGUGACUUUCACAGAAAUAUUCUGUACUUGUGAAACAUGGUUAUUUAAUCUCAUUUGUAACACAACAACUAUGUUAAAGAACAAGUUAAAUGUCAAAAGGUCAAGGAAGUCAAACUAUAACUCUCUCACAUUGAGUUUGAAUGAAAACUUUCCUAACAAGGGGAAUGUCAUCAACAAAACUGGUGAAAUGGUCAAAUUACUUCUGAAUUUACUCUUCUGACUCGCACCUCUAAUGAAUUUACAGUAGUUGUCAUUUAGAAAUCACUUUCCAAGCCAUGGUAGGAUACAAUCAAGUUUUAAAAAAGUGCUUUGAGAUGUCUUUAAGGAAGGAUUUAAUGUAUUAAAUGUUUAAGAUAUAUUUUUUUCCAGAAAUAAACAAGGAAAAAAAAAGUUGUUCCUCUUAGAACAGUGUACUGUAGAUCCAUUGUGUAGUUUGCAGUGACCAGAAAGUAGCUCCUGCGUCAUGCUUUGAGUUUGCCUCAGAUCUUGAGGAACAGAGUCUCAUGUCAUUUAUCAAGACAGAUACUUGGCUUUCCUGAUCGGUAGUAUAAGCACAGUGGAAACAUUAUGUAGCCAUUAGCAUUCCAUUUCCUGCACUGGACUUCUUUUAAUUUUGUUUUGUACUAUUUUAACACUCAGGGCCUGAUUUUCAAAGCAAAGUAAGUUAUUCCAAGGAAUUUGUCAUGUUUUGUUUUUUUCUUUAUAGACUGCCAAGUUUUUUGACUAUAGGCUAGCAUUUUAAAACAACAUUCCCACAAUUCACUGUUACUGUGAUGAAGUCUUCUUGUGAUGUAACUGACCUCAUCUUGGGUAUUUGAUAAUUGUAAUAAAUAAAACAUAACCUGCACUGAAACUGGUGGCGUACAUGAACAGUAGUUUAGGAAAACUACUCGGUCACAAUUUCCUAUGAAAAUCAGACCUUUACAUUUUGUGUUAGGUCCUAUUGACAUUUCUUAAAAGUGUUUAAUAUAGGGAUGAAUAUCUCUUUCUACAUUACUUUUGUGUAUUUCACUAGUAAUUUGACAGUCUCUAGUACUGUAAACCUUGUCAUUUGUAGGUGUUCAUAUCUUCAGUUCUGAUGAACAAAUGACUUUU